AUGAUUUUACCAAAGCAGUAUCGCUGCACACACUCGCCAAGCUGCCAGUGCACGAAAGGCCAUCUAAGCGAAGACGUCUUGUUGCUAGUCUUCCAACAUUUGAACUGGAAUCCAAAGCUAGUUGCUACACUUUCCUGUGUGUGCAGAUGGUUUGAUGACUUUGCCAAACGAGUACUAUGGAAAGAGUUCUGCAAGACUCGUGCACCCAAAAUGAUGCUUGAUUUGCAAUCCAGCGGUAGUCACUGCAUCGACGGUAACUGGAGAGCCCUUGGGAAGCUUCUCAUCUACUGUUCAGGAUGCACACAAGGCGGUCUUUUCAACAGCUCGGUUCAAAUCCCGGGCCACUUUGUUUACAGAACCAGAUUCUCGAGAACACUGGGAAGAAGCCUCCUUCCACCUCAGUGUAGAACCGAUGUGCUCUACGUUUGUGAUCCAUGUGAGCAUCUUGAUCAAGGAGAAGAAGGUGAUGUUGGUCUGUUCCGUGGGAUUUUCAAGUCGUUUCCCACAUCUAAAGUCCGGAAAGUGAUCAUUAACAAGGCGGUUCCUUUUCAUCCGUCCGAGGUUUGUCCGUAUUGUAAAGCUAGGCUAUGGAGCAUGCUGCAAGCUAAGAUAAUACCUCAGAGUGCUUGCAUUCGCUUGGAAGCUUAUGAAGACUGCAUUGAGUAUUUCGUUUGCCUUAACGGACAUUUGCUUGGUAUCUGCACUCUUGCGCCUUUGUCUGAUUCAGAAGAUGCAAAUCCGAGCGAAGAUAGUAAUCAGAUAGAGAAGAAACAAGACAAUUGCAUUGCUAAAGAGAACAUAUUGAAGAGGAGAAAUUCUUUGUUGGGUGGAAGUGAAAACGGACCUUCACCUCAAAAACGACUGACCAAUUCGAAUCGAUGUAACAUUGAUGUGUGA